AUGCAAAAUAAAUCAGUCUUCGAUAAAUUAGGAGGAUAAGCCAACGUUGAUGCUGCAGUUGUCAAGUUUUAUGAAAAAGUUCUCUCAGAUCCCUCUGUUAGUCACUAUUUCAAAAACACAGACAUGAAGAAAUAAACUGAAAUGCAAUAGAAGUUCCUUGGUAUGGCUUUCGGAGGACCAAAUCAUUACACUGGAAGAGAUAUGAAAGCAGGUCAUGCUGGACUUGGAAUUACCACCGCAGCAUUUGAUACUAUCGUUAAACAUCUUGGAAACACUUUGAAAGAGAUGGGUGUACCUGCUGAAGUCAUUGCUGAAGCUGCAGCUGUUGCUGAAACCACAAGAGCAGACAUUGUUGAAAUCAAAUGAUUUAAUCACAUUACAUAUUUGCAUCCUUAUCAAUAUUAUCAACCA